ACAGCACCGCCUUUGCACACGCUCAUCCGGGCAUUUGUCUCGCUGGGAAAAAAAUAGAAAGGAAGAUCGAUCAAGAAAACGUUUUAAAAAGGCAACUGAAGUGUUUGUGUGAAAGAUGGCGCAUUAUGUGUACCCAGCAGCAAAUGCAGCACAGCCUGCCCCUGCAUAUCCUGCUGCAGUUCAAACAGCAUUUGUGGCAGCAACACCACAAGCUGCUGCUUAUGCAACAGCACCUAGAGCAGGACAAGCAUAUGAUGCCUACCAGACACAGCAUACAACACCACAGUAUGCUUAUGCUCGAACACAGGUGGCAGUCACUCCUGCAGCUACAUAUGAACAAAAGACUUACUAUCAGCCUGCACAAGCAACUGCAACCUACACUACUGGAGAUACGCAGUAUCAACAACAGACAGUUGUUGUGAAACCAUCGUAUUCCACUGGUACAACUUACACAGCCCAGAGGCAGGCCACUGUUCCAAAGGUACAGACUGUGCAGGUGACAUCUACACCGACCAACUAUGUGUACACUGCAGGAGGGGCCACUAGUCAGAGUGCUACUACUUAUAAUCCUGCCACUACGUACCAGUCUGCUACCACUGCAACAACUUCCACAUAUUCUGGCUAUGAUGCUGCUCUCUAUUCGGCAGCAACCAGUUACUAUCAGCAGCAACAAGCUGCCAAAGCUACUGGUACCUGGUCUACACUUAAGAAAACUGGAACAACCGCUGUUGGCAAAAAUGGACUGGGAAAACCUAAGGUGACGAAACAACCCCAGCUGCACUACUGUGAUGUUUGUAAGAUAAGCUGUGCUGGACCACAGACCUAUAGGGAGCACCUUGAAGGGCAGAAACACAAGAAGAAAGAAGCCGCAGCCAAAUCUGGAACAACAACAACUACAACAGGAAGGGGAGGUCAGAACCAGCUACGCUGUGAACUUUGUGAUGUCACGUGCACUGGAGCAGAUGCUUAUGCUGCUCAUGUCAGGGGAGCUAAACAUCAAAAGGUUCUAAAGUUGCAUACCAAACUUGGAAAGCCUAUCCCCUCAACAGACCCUGUGGUUGUUGGGCAGACAAAGGCGAGCACCACAACCCAGUCCACUGCAAAGACUGUGACAAGUACCACUACAAAGGCUGCUCCAGUGCAGCCUAGUACCAGUGCUGUGAAGAAAGUCCUUGCCACUCCAAAGAUCACUUUUGUUGGUGGUAGUCAACUGAAGACCACUGGUGUUAAGAUGGAAGAGGUAAAGGCAGCUACACCCAGCACUGCAACAACUGUCACUUCUCAAGUCUCUGUUGAUUCUGAUGACAUGGAUGAUGGUCCACUCAAUAUACUUGGAGAGAAGGAUGUUACUCCAGUUGGUCACGAAUAUAUUGAAGAGAUUAAGAAUGAUGCAACUGGAAAGAUUAUCAGUUUCAACUGUAAAUUAUGUGAAUGCAAAUUCAAUGAUCCAAAUGCAAAGGACAUGCAUAUGAAAGGCAGGAGGCAUAGAUUGCAAUAUAAGAAAAAAGUUGAUCCUAGUCUACAAGUGGAGAUCAAACCAAGUAUUCGUGUUCGUAAGAUCCAAGAGGAGAAGUUGAGAAGACAAGCACAGAAAGAAGAGUUCUGGAGACGCAAAGAACAAGAGCAGAGGAUGGAAGAGGAGUAUUACUGGGAAGAGCGUCGUCGCUACCAAGAGGAGAUGGAAUAUUAUGAAUGGCACAGGAUGGGACGACCUGGAAUGCCGCCACCUAGGUUCGGACAGAUGCCACCUGGAGUGAGGAAACCAGAUUCAUCAGAUGACCGUCAUGUGAUGGCCAAGCAUGCUUCUAUCUAUCCAAAUGAAGAAGAACUUCAGCAUGUGCAGAACAUUGUAUCAGCUUGUGAGAAAGCCCUGAAACUUGUGUCCGAUUAUGUUGCAGAAUGUGAUGCAAAGGCUAAAGGUCUCAUAGAUCCAAAGGAUAUUAAAAAAGAGCCAGCUCCAAAAGUGAAGAAGGAAGUGAAGGAAUCUCCAAAGAAAGAAGAGGAAGCAAAAGAAACGGAGAAAGAAGAGGCGGCACCUCCGCGUAUAUUGAAGGGUGUGAUGAGGGUUGGUGUUCUGGCGAAGGGAUUAUUACUGCAUGGAGACUUGAACGUUCAUCUUGUUGUCCUGUGCUCGGAGAAGCCCACACGUACAUUGUUAGAGAGAGUGGCUGACGGACUGCCCAAACAAUUUGCUACUGUGACAGAAGAAAAGUACGAUGUUAAGCGAUGUGUGGAGGAGGCAGCCAUUGUUGUUACCAACAAUGUAGAGCCCAAAGUAUCGUGCACAGUUACCCUGACCUCGCCAAUUAUGAGAGAGUCCAAUGAAGGAGAGGCCACAACAGUUACGGUGAAAGAUCCUCCAGAUGUGCUGGAUAGGCAGAAAUGCCUUGAUGCUCUAGCAGCCCUACGACAUGCUAAAUGGUUCCAGGCUAGAGCCAAUGGUCUACAGUCAUGUGUGAUCGUUAUUAGGAUACUACGAGAUCUUUGCCAGAGAGUUCCAACAUGGACACCACUAAAUGAAUGGGCAAUGGAGUUACUGGUAGAGAAGUGUGUAAGCAGUGGAGGUGGUCAUCUGAAUCCAGGGGAUGCUCUAAGACGUGUGUUUGAAUGUAUUGCUUCUGGAGUUCUUCUGCCAGGAGGGCCAGGUCUGUUGGAUCCAUGUGAGAAGGACCCAGUAGAUGCUGCCUCAGGUCUCAGUAACCAGGAGAGAGAAGAUAUUACUGCAUCAGCCCAGCAUGCUCUCAGGCUAAUAGCCUUCAGACAGAUCCAUAAGGUUCUGGGUAUGGAUGCCCUACCUGUACCAAGGUUUGCACGGAGACCUUUCAGCUCACGUAAGCGUAGACGUACGGACAGUGCUGCCGGAGAAGGGGAUGGAGAAGGAACAGCGGCUGAGAAGAAAGACAAGAAGGAGGAUGAUACCAUGGAAACAAAAUAGAUACACUUUACAAAAUCAUGAAGAAUUCAACUCUCCAGAAUACUCCUAUGGAGUAACAGUUACAAAAGGAAUUCAUUUUUAUGUAUAUAUAGGACAUUUAAAAUGUAAGAGUUGCAUGUUUCCAAGCAUUGUGUUUCUUUACUUAUAUUUUUGAUUUCUUACUUGAAUAUUUUAAUGUUGCUUUUUACCAUUUGACCAAAUCAAACACUUGAGUGAGCUGUGCACUUUUUUCUUGCAAUCUGACACACUUGAUUAUAUUUGUAUCGUCCAUUAAACAAUCAUUAACAUUACUGAGUUAUCUGUUCGUUUAUUGUACAUUCAAACAUGCAGUUGUUGCCACCUGUAUACAGUGUGGACUGGUCACUUUGAGGUCUAGCUGUUUGAGCAGUCAUUGGUCUUCGAGUUUUUAAAAAUGCAAGACGUUAGUGGUCAGUAAUGUGUAUGAGUUGAUACUAUAGCUUGUUGCAAUUCUUCCUGUUUUUCUGUUCAUAGAUACUUUUCAGGCGGUCUUACCGUCUAAAACAUGAAAAAAAUGUACGUAAAUCUACCAUUAGUGGCAGGCUAAAUCUGCUGAAACAGUCACUCGGAGAUAAUGGUAGAUAUAACAAAAUAAAACAUAUAGAAGGAUUUAACAUGGAAAAUCUGGAUAUAGUGUUUAGUUUGAUUCAAUUCCUGUGUUCAAUGCUAGAAACUGAUGUGGCUGUCAAUGUAGGUUGAACUAAAUUCACUUAUUUAUGUAAUGUUUGUUAAUUGGGCAUUGUCUGAAUGUGUCACAUCAAGACAAUAUUUGCUACCAAAAAAAGGGGAUAAACAUUCUUGACAUCUGAAAAUAGAUCAGCUGGUCAUCCUUGAUUGUAUAUGUGUAUCUGUAGCCAGUGCGUUAAAACUUCCAUAACAUACUCAGUUAUACAGACAUGUCAUGUUCGUUAUCAAUACAUUUUCUGGUGAAGACUGUACUGUGCUAUCACAUCACCAUUUUGUACAUUUACCAUUUACCAAUCAUGGAAAUUUCAUAGUAUCAUCAUACUUUAAUAAUUUAUUUUUGAAGGUUUAAAUAAAUGUCUACACCUGUACAGCAUUUGUCCAAUAGUAGUAAAUCUUGUGAUUGGGUAUUUUGAAUUUUGCUACCACAUCUUUUGAAUAGGUCUGUCCAUAUUUUUUUUUCAUCUUUUUAGUAGAUUUUGCUUGUUUCUUUCCUUACCUUGUGGCUUAAGCAGAUGUUUUUUUGUUACUUUGGUUAAUUGAAGAGUAUUUUCUCCAUAUUAUAACAUGUUUGACUGCUUUGAAUAGUGUUCAGUAAACAUCAAAUGACAUAGAGUUCCUUCAUGUUUCAUUAUAUUCAGUGCUGAGGGGAGCUGUAAAUGUGAUCUUGCUUGUUAAUGAAAAGAUAUAUAAAGGUAUUACUGGUGACUUGUUUGGAUGCCAUUUAUUAUUUAUGUCACGAGAGUUCUCAAUUAAUAUGUCAGUAAAUAUGUGGAAGCUACAACCUAUGAAGUGGUUCAGCUGUCAGAGACUAUACUUAAAAGAUUAGAUUGAACUUGUAAAGAAAAGACUUGAGUGUAACUGUAUGAUUAUGCAUUGAAAAGUUUAUAGUGUUUUUGCCUAGUUAUGUUGUCAAACAUUGUGGUAAUAAAGUAAUAAGUCUUGGA